AUGGAGCUAAAGGAAGUAGACGGCGAAGAACAGUUAAGAAAUGAGAACGCAAAAGAAAAAUGGACAAAGCUUGGAGAAACAGGUAAUAAUUGUAAUAAUUGGAUAGAUAAGUCUAAAUCCGAUUUUGAUAAGGUUGAGAAAGUCAAAGAUGAAACAUUAGACCAUGGUAUUGAUGAAGGAAAAGACACUUCCGAUGGCAAAGAACUGGAACAAGAAGUGGGAGAUGCGAUAGAAGGCGAAGGAGAAAAAAACGAAAAGGAAGGAUUAAGGAAGAAAAAAAAUGAAUUUAAAGCGGAAACGGGGUGUUUAUGGGGGUUUUGGACCAUCUUGUUUGUCUCUGGUCUGGCUACCUUGCUUCAGAGCACUUUGGGUGUUAGACUACCAAUAGUUCAAGGAGGGACUGUUACUUUCGUUAUACCAACUAUAGCAAUUCUUCUACAACCGCAAUGGGAGUGUGAGUUUGUAACAGCUAGGAACCAGUAUGGGCCAAAUCUAAAUUUAACUCAACUUGGGUUGCCGGAAAUAGGAAGUGAAAAACACCGCGAAAUGUGGAUGUUGCGGAUACGUGAAAUACAAGGGGCUAUAAUUGUGGCAUCGUUGUUCCAAGUGCUAACAGGAGUCAGUGGUAUACUUAUGUACAUGUUGAAAUAUAUAGGCCCUCUUUGCAUUGUGCCAAUCAUAACAUUAACAGGUAUUUCACUUUUUCCCGCCGGAUCCAAGAUGGCGUCUGGUCAUUGGUGGAUUGCCUUACUUACAAUGUUUCUCAUUACUAUAUUUAGCCAAUAUAUGAAACGAGUUGAAAUUCCCUGUUUCUGCACAAAAGAUAAAAUUGCAUUUUUCUCGCUGUUCCCUGUUUUGCUUGGAGUUAUGACGUCGUUUAUAGUGUGUAUAAUUUUGACGGCAACAGAUGUACUUCCGGCUGAUAAAACCAAAUGGGGCUAUAUGGCACGAACUGACACAGGUAUGCAUGUACUGACUGAAGCUAAAUGGUUUCGUUUUCCUUAUCCAGGACAAUGGGGUUUACCAAAAGUCAGCAUGGUUGGUGUAUUUGGAAUGCUCGCUGGCGUAAUAGCUGCCAUGAUCGAAUCCAUUGGUGAUUAUUACGCAUGCGCAAGACUUGCAGGUGCUCCUCCUCCGCCAUUACAUGCGGUGAACAGAGGAGUUUUCACAGAAGGUGUAGCAUGCGUUCUUGCAGGGAUUUGGGGAUCUGGAAACGGAACUACCUCUUAUGCUGAAAACAUAGGCGUUAUUGGUAUAACAAAAGUAGGCAGUAGACGUGUAGUCCAAAUCGGCGGGCUUAUGAUGCUAGUCCUUGGUUGUUUUGGAAAGUUUGCGGCACUGUUUACUUUAAUUCCAACACCUGUAAUCGGAGGAAUGUUUAUGAUAACUUUCGGUAUGGUGACGGCUGUAGGGUUAUCAAAUCUACAGUAUAUUGAUCUUAACUCACCACGAAACCUAUUUAUUCUAGGAGUUUCUUUAUUCUUCGGUCUUAGUCUUCCAAUGUGGAUUACAGAGCAUGACGUCAUCGAUACCGGAAAUGACAUCAUAGAUCAAUUAUUAUCCGUCCUUUUGAGUACCAGUAUGUUUGUUGGAGGACUCAUUGGUUUUGUGCUGGAUAAUACUAUUCCUGGAACUGACGAGGAAAGGGGAAUAAACUCGUGGAGACAAACGUCGUCUUCGGUAAAGUCCGGCUCGUCACAAUCAAAUUAUGAUCUGUAUAAUUUCCCUUAUAUUCAACCUUAUCUGGACAAAAUUAAACUAUUUAACUAUGUCCCGGUGUGUCCAAGGUUUUUAGCCAAACCUGUAAUCGUGAAUAGCUUCUCAAACGAAGCUAUGGAGUAAGUUCUUUGAAACGUGCUUGUUUUUCCUUUUUUUGCAAUGAUAUAUGUUUUGUUUUGUAGACUGUCAGUUUUGUUAUUAUACGGUGUAACCAUGUAGGCGGUGUAAAUGGGAGCACAUUAUAAUGUAUUCACGAAGCAAACUUAUGAUUCUCUGUUCAUGAUAAAUAAAAGUGCGUAUACACUCUUGUAUAUCUAAUACCAUAGAAGUAUUAAAUGAAAAUUGUGAAAUAGUGUCAUCUUAUUGUUGUUAUGAAUACUAAUUGUGGAAAUUGACUUUUAUUUAUAAUUUUGGCAGCUUUGUUCUGAAUACCUUCAGUAGAGU